AAACUUGGGCUUCAAACCAGUCAAAAAUAACUAUUCUUAGUAUAUUAGAAGAACUGGACAAAACAAUUACUACAACUAUUCUCAGUAUGUUGGAAGAACCAGACAAAACAAUUACUACAACUAUUCUCAGUAUGUUGGAAGAACCGGACAAAACAAUUACUACAACUAUUCUCAGUAUGUUGAAAGAACUAGACAAAACAAUUACUACAACUAUCCUCAGUACAUUGGAAGAACCAGACAAAACAAUUACUACAACUAUCCUCAGUAUGUUGAAAGAAUCAAACAAAACAAUUACUACAACUAUCCUUA